AGGGAGACUGGCAGUAAAAAUGAUGUGAUUUGAUCGAUACUGUUUGUCUCCAAAAUGUUCAUAAAAUUGAUAUCUUGCACAGACGCUAAAACAAUCUAAAUGAUAAUAGACACGCAGUCAUUUUGCUCUCGCACCAUGGCAAGAUGUUUGCCUGUGCGUGUUUCCACAGGUUUAGCCUUUUGAAUGUAGUCCGUUUGAUUAUUCAACUGCCAUUUCAUGACCUUAGGAAGGACUGGCACCGUCUCAGCAAUAUUAACGGCUACUAUUUCCAUACAACUAAUUUUUGAAAAUUUUAUAACUGUAUAAAGAGGAGUUAUAAAAUUGAAAGAUCACAACCCCCCUCUUCUCUAUCUCCCUCAUUAUCUUUACAAAACAAAACAAAAAACUAUUUCAAGUGUUUCUUGAUCUUCACUCCAAGAAACACGUAUCAGAAGUGAGAGCGAUAGAAGGAGAAAGAGAGAUAGAGAAAGGAUGCAUUUGUCUCUUUUGUAGAAAGCAGAGAGAGCUAUACGUUUCUCCAAGAUCUCUUGGAGAAAGAAUUCUUCAGAAUCUCGAGAUUUAUUAAGUGCCUAAUCGAAUAUUGAAUCCAUUUAGGAGGGACACAGCGUUUUCUUUUGCCAUUCUUGAUUAGUAGAUAUUCAGAUUCCCGCUUUACUUAUAUUUGUCUAAAAAAUAAGUUUAUUGCAGGUGGUUUUUGCAAAAUUCUUGCAAAUAUGAAUGAUCUAAUGACAAGAUCGUUCUUAAGUUAUGUGGAACUGAAGAAACAAUCCCAAAAAGACCUUAAAGCCGAACUCGACAUUGAAUCAGGCCAGCUAAACCCCACAGAUGAACCAAACCUCUCCCAGUUCUUCUGUGAAGUCAAUGAAAUCAAGAUCGAAAUGGAAGAGAUUACCAAUCUCUUGUUUGAUCUUCAAACCCUUAAUGAAGAGUCAAAGUCUACUCACAGUGCCAAAGUUCUUCGUGGCGUAAGAGACAGAAUGGAAUCAGACAUAGUUGCAGUUCUUAGAAAGGCCAAGAUUGUGAAGGCAAGACUAGAAUCACUAGACAGAUCCAAUAUAUCGAAUUGCAAAGUCUCGGAAUUGUAUAGAGAAGGGAGUCCUGUUGAUAGGACAAGGAUAUCAGUCACCAAUGGCUUGAGAGUUAAACUUAGGGAGAUUAUGAACGAGUUUCAGAUCCUGAGGGAGAAAAUUUUUUCAGAUUACAAAGAUGAUCUGAAAAGAAGAUACUACACUGCAGCUGGAGAGGAGCCAAGUGCAGAAGUGAUUGAAAAGAUUAUUUCAGGAGGAGGGGGAGUUCAGAUGUUUGAAGGGAAAGGAGUGAUGGACUUGAAGAGUAAAGAGAAACAUGAGGCUGUAAUGGAUAUACAGAGAAGCUUGAAAAGGCUGCAUCAAGUGUUUCUUGAUAUGGCUGUUCUUAUUGAAACUCAGGGAGAGAAGAUGGACGAUAUUGAGGAGAAUGUUGCCAAAGCAAGUAAUUUUGUAAGUGGUGGAACAAACAGUCUUCACUAUGCCAAUCAGAUGAAGAAGAAAAGGAAGACAUGGUGUUUAUGGGUUUUGGCUGUGAUGGUGAUCAUAAUUCUGGUUUGCAUUAUAUCUACGUUGGCUACUUGAGAGAGCAGGGAGGGGAACUAUUUGAGGACUGUCAAGUGAUAGUUGUUUUUGUUUCUAGUUGCUUGCCUGUAAAUUCACGUCUAGUAGAUUGUUUAAUAGUUCAGAAGGGAUCUCUGACUACUUUACAGCUUUAGAUGGCUUUUUGAGUAGAUGAAUCGUGAAUGUGGUUGUCAUUUAGCUAGAUAGAUUUUGAGGUUCCGUUAAUUUGUCACCAAUGUUUCAUUAAGCAAAAUUUAGGAGAAACAUUUUAUGAAUGGCGUGUCUGCUUAUUCCUGUGUUGUUCUUCCCUUGAUUGUUGAUUUAGGCAUUUCUGUAUCAAAUUCCUCAUUCUAAUCUACCUUAGAGUGCUUUGAGCGAUGAGCAAUGGAUUCGGAACUUAGUUCUUGAGAAAUGCUGAUUUUAGCAUCUCAUGAAUGGAACAGAUCAAUGCUUCUGAUGC